AUGAGAUCGUUGACACAGAUCGCGGCGCCGCUCGCGGCCUUCGCACUCCCCUUUGCGUACGGCAUCCGCAUUUUACAGAGCAAUGACGAUGGCUGGGCCGAGGGGAAUAUUCGCGUCCUCAAUGACGCUUUGAAUGCCAUGGGACAUCAAGUUGUCUUGUCAGGUCCUGCUGAGAACCAGUCAGGCAGAGCCAACUCUGGCCCCGUUGGGUCCAACGCAACUCGCCCCGAUCUCAACUGGGUAAACUCGUUUCCGGCUACUUCUGCCCGCUACGGCAUCGACACCAUCGGCCCAAAACUCUGGAACGGCGCGAAACCGGAGCUCGUCGUCACCGGGCCCAACGUGGGCGCAAACAUCGGGCUGGUUGACUGGGUAUCUGGCACCGUCGGCGCAGCUUGUUAUGCCGCGCACGAAGCUGGCAUUCCUGCCAUUGCAUUUUCCGGCGCAAACACAGCCACUCACCCUUGGAACACACCCGCUUCGCUGGAGAGCGCCGUUUUCGCCGAGAUUUCCGCAAAUAUCACCCAGAGAAUUAUCGAGACAGGAAAGCCGUACUUGCCCAACGACGUCUUUCUUAAUGUGAACAUGCCCAAGAUUGAUGCGGGUGGGAGCUGCUCCAAGGCAUCAGACGUCAAGUACGUCCUUACUCGCAUCACAUCGGGCAUUUUCUCGGCCCCCGACGUCCAUUGGUGUGGUGGCUCGCGUCUGCCUUCCGAGUUACAAGUGCAUGAGAGCACGCCUUGUUCCGUGUCGAUUAGUGUUGGGGAUGCGAGCGAUAAGACGACGGCUGAUGCGGACGCGCAAAAGAAAGUGUUGGACAAGCUGAAGCCCUUGUUGAGCUGCAUGUGA